CUUCUGAAUACAUACUGAAAAUCUGAAUAUUCCUCUUAACUUUUCCUUUCCAAUUUUGUCAUACAAAAAACGUGAAUACUUGAGAACAUCUCUCAUAGUUGGUGCGUGUUUUUGGUGUACGGAACAAAAAUGGCAUCUGCAGAUCAGAUGGAGAAGAUGAAGUUACGUCAGAAUUAUCGGAAUCACUGGCACACUGAUCUUAUCAGAGCCACUGAGACUGAUCCUCUUUUUUGUUGCUUCUCGCUUUGGUGCGCUCCAUGUGCAUCAUAUCUUCUCCGCAAACGAGCUCUGUACAAUGAUAUGUCUAGAUAUACAUGUUGUGGAGGCUACAUGCCUUGUAGCGGCAGAUGUGGAGAAAGCCGUUGCCCUGAAUUUUGUCUUUGCACGGAGGUUUUUCUUUGCUUUGGAAAUUCUGUUGCUUCAACACGCUUUAUGUUGCAAGAUGAGUUCAAUCUGCAGACAACAAAAUGCGAUAAUUGCAUAAUAGGAUUCAUGUUUUGCCUACAGCAGUUAGCAUGCAUAUGCAGCAUUAUUGCUUGUCUUACUGGAAGUGAAGAAAUUCAAGAUGCUUCUCAGCUUCUGAACUGUUUGUCGGAUGUUGUUUACUGCACGGUUUGUAGCUGUAUGCAGACACAGCACAAGGUUGAAAUGGAUAAAAGAGAUGGGAAAUUUGGACCACGCCCAAUGUCAGUGCCACCUGUGCAACAAAUGUCUCGGUUAGAUCAGCCCGUUCCCCCUGCAGUUGGAUAUCCACCAAUCCAGCAACCUCACGGAUACCCCCCUCAACCCCAUGGUUAUCCACCACCACAACAACAGCCUCAGGGUUACCCACCAUCUCAACAACAGCCUCAGGAGUACCCACCACCUCAGCAACAACCUCAGGAUUACCCACCACCUCAGCAGCAGCCUCAGGGUCAUCCACCACAACAGCAGCCUCAAGGUUAUCCACCACCACAGCAGCCGCCUCAGGGUUACCCACCACUACAGCAGCCGCCUCAGGGUUACCCACCAGCCAACUAUCCCCCACCUGGUGCUGGAGAACCCAAAUCUGAUCAUCUUCAAUGAGUUGGAACUUUCUUUUUUUGGCAGCGAAAUCCAUUGAUCUCUACUUGAAUUUAGUACAGUACUUUUAGACUAUUCUACUUCUAGACUAUUCUUCAUUUCUUACCUUGUAGAUUAUGGUAGGUCACAUAAUAAUUGACUUGUGUAAGUGGAUGACUUAUUCUUUGCGGAGUGAUCAUUCAAUAUUAAGAUUUUUUAUUCAUCA